AUGCAGGUUUAUUCGCCCAAUUUAGAGGGAGAAUAUGGUACCUUCCCUGAGGAGGUGCAGAGUGCUCUGUCUGAAGUGCCGAAUACAGAGUCCCUCAUAUUGAUGGGUGAUUUUAAUGCGCACGUCGGAGUAGACGCUGAAAAGUGGAACGGCGUGAUUGGGAAAAACGGCCCUAGCGACUCAAUAAACACGUCGGAGUAG